AUGGGAAAAUCAUCUAUAUUUAAUCAAAAAAGAGCAAACUUUACAGACGAAAAUAAAAUAUUUAUCAGGGAACAAUCUGAUAAAUACCAAAAAUCAACAUCGAGAGAUGAAAAAACGAAUAUAAUCAAACAAGUUCUUCAAUAUUUUAAUAUUAAAUACGCCGAAAAUGAAUCUAAAGCUGUCAGAAGAUAUUUUAGUUAUAUUGCAGUUAAAAAUAUUCCCGCAGUUACUGGAAAAUAUCCUGAUACAAUUGUUCGCAAAGAUAUGCUUUAUUCGCAUGAUCAUACAAAUAUUAUUAAUUCAAAUAAUAUUGAACGUUACUACCGUUGCAUCGAUCAUUCUUGUCAAGCACGUUAUUUAGUUAAAAUUGAGAACAGUUCAGUUUCCGAAGAUUUACAAAAGGAACAUAUACCCGAAUGCAGACAAUUUAAAAAGUUACAAAAUGAAAAAAAUGAUCUUCAUAAAUCAAUGACUCUGACAGAAAUAUACAAUAAGGCAAUGGCAAAAUUUUCUGAAGACAACGGCACUUUUCAGCAGAUUAAAAAAUUUAUGACAGAACUUGCUGUUGGUACUGAUGAAAACCCAUUAAUUAAAGAUUCAUUGGUCAGGGAAGUUUAUAAUAAGUCCAGAAAAUUUUCUGUUGGAGAAAAAAUUACAGACGAUGAAAUUGCUAAUUUUUGUUUAAUAAAUGGCGAGCAGUUUUUCAUUGGCCAUGAUUUUCAAGCAAAUUGUGAGACGAUGUUUUUUGGUUUUGAGAAGGCAAUUCAAUUUGCAAAAGAAGCCACAGAUUUAUUUUGCGAUGGAACUUUUAAAAUUACACCAAAACAUUUUCAAAAAGGACAGAUGCUAACAAUUAUGAUUUGUGAACCUUCAACAAAUCAAUAUCUACCACUUUUAUUUAUAUUCAUGAAAAACCGCACAUUUGAAUCUUAUAAGAAGGCAUUUGAAUAUAUUUUUACUGUCAAGGGUAUUCAAUUUUCAAAGCUAAUUCAAAUUCAUUGUGAUUUUGAAAAGGGAAUGAUAGAGGCACUUCAACAAAUUUUCCCUAAAGUCCGUAUAAUUGGAUGCCUAUUUCAUUUCAAACAAGCUUUACACAGGAAACUUGUAGCACUUUAUACAAAAAAUUUCAAUACUUUACAAAAUUCUUUAUUUAAGCUAUAUUCUAUUACUCCAUUCAUGUCUCAUGAAGAAUUUGUACUUACAAUGCAUAUAAUUAAUCAAAAUAAAGUUGAUUCGAUCAAAGAUUAUAUUGAUUAUUUCAACAAAGUUUGGUUGCCGCACUACAAUUUAAUAUCUCAAUAUAAUAAUGCAACUGCAAUAUUCACUAAUGAUUGCCUCGAGAGUAUGCAUUCAGAAUUUUCUUCGUUAAAACAUCCAAACAUUUAUGAAGCUAUUAAGAAGAUAUCUCAAAUCCAAUUAGAUAAAUAUAACGCCAUCAAAAAUAACCAGAAGAUCGAGCGCCAUAUAAAAACCGUUAUCACUGAUAGCUACAAAAAUUAUAUUCUUGACUGCUUUCAAAAAGAACUUGAGAAAACAAUUUUUCUAUCAAACAAUACAACGUAA